CGCAGAGUUAAGAGUCAAAAAUGGGCCACACGAAGGAAAGGAUUAAGGACUCGAUCACCGCGGAACGAGUUGCUAUAUUCUUUGGCCUGCUGUCCACCUGCCUGAUAGUUGCUCUCGUGAUUGUGGUUGUCCACAGGGAUAAUUUGUGGCUGCAGUUGGACGAAGCCAAAAGGAUGUUGGAUGUUCUGGAGGAAUACAUUCAAAGCCACUUACUGACUACCGUUUAUGAUAGAAAACAAUAAUUAUGAAGGGUUUCCCCCUCUUUGUAGAGAUAUAGAACUUUUUAAAAAUGUUUCCAGGUUAAUAAAAAAAACUCCCAACUUU